AUGAAUGAUGCUGAUUAUACUGAGAGCGGAGAUGGAAGGCCUGAAGACACCGCUCGCGACGCUCCGCUGAGCUACGAAGAUGUUGCCAAGAAGUUUGUUGUUCCUGAAAGUAAGCUAUGCCCUCUCAAUGCUGUACUUGGAAUUCUUUCGGUCACUGCAAUCAUGGCUUCAGACAUAUCUGUUCUCGCCAAGAACGAAACUUUGCAUAUUAAACUGAACAAUUCUGAGUCUUUAUCUAGAUUCCUGCCUUUGAAACUUUAA